AGGCUCCUCCGGCAUUAGCAAAGCAAACGCACAAAGAAAAUACAGAAACAUAUUGAGAAGAGAAUUUGAGAAUUCAAUUUACGCGCGAGCGACUCACCGGAUUUCUUAUUUUUAUUUAAUUUCCUCUAUUUUGCUUUCUUCUCAAUUUUAAUUAGCCGUCAAAAUAUAAGUAAAAUAAAUAAACCCCCCCUUCUUCUUCUUCUUCUUCUUCUUCUUCUUCUUCCUCCUCUCCCGCCAUGAAUUUGGCCCAUCUCGACACCGACCUCUCUUCCCUCGACCAUCUUCAUUCCACUAGGUCCCUCAUCUCUGCUCUCAAUUUACUCUCCCGUAAUCUCCCCCUUCCUCCCGACCUCCUUGAAGCUGUUUCUUCCAUUUAUUCCGCUCCUCAACACCAGGAUCCCACUCCUCUCAAUCACUCGGAGGAGGUUGAUGAUUCUGUUCAAGAAGAUCUAUUGACUGACCUUGGAGAUGCUUUGGCAAAGCAACGUUCGAAUUUUGUGUCUGGUUCUCGGUUGGAACGGUCGAGAGAAGAGCGGUAUCGAGGUUGUGUACGACGGCGGUUGAGUGAUUUAGAAGAGUUACCUUCAAGUAGAGGGGAAGAAUUACAGACAAAGUGCUUGCUUGAACUGUGUGGAUUAAAGUUAUUAGAUUUGCAAAAAAAGGUACGAUCUGCUGUGAGUUCAGAGUACUGGCUUCAAGCAACUUGUGCAUAUCCAGACAAACAAUUAUAUGACUGGGGCAUGAUGCGACUGCAUCGUCCGCCAUAUGGUGUAGGAGAUGCUUUUGCCGUGGAAGCUGAUGAUCAAUUGCGGAAGAAGCGGGAUGCCGAGAGGACAUCAAGGUUAGAAGAGGAGGAGAAGAACCAAAUUGAGACUAGGAAAAGAAAAUUUUUUACCGAGAUAUUGAAUGCCGUACGUGAAUUCCAUUUACAAAUUCAAGCUUCUAUAAAACGUCGAAAACAGAGAAAUGAUGGAAUUCAGGCAUGGCAUGGAAGACAAAGACAACGAGCUACCAGAGCAGAAAAACUUAGGUUCCAAGCACUAAAGGCGGAUGAUCAAGAAGCUUAUAUGAGAUUGGUUAAGGAGAGCAAGAAUGAACGAUUAACAACACUUCUUGAAGAAACAAAUAAACUACUUGUUAACUUGGGUGCUGCCGUUCAAAGACAGAAAGAUUCUAAACUUGCUGAUGGCAUCGAGACCUUGGAUGAAUCUGAUGUUGAUUUAACCGAGUUGGAUUCUUCAAAGAAUGCAACCCCUCAAGAUCUAUUAAUAGAUGAAGAUCUAGAUGCCAUUGAUUCUGAUAGAAACGAUGAAAAUGGUGAUUUGCUUGAAGGACAGCGACAAUAUAACUCUGCCAUUCAUUCAAUUCAAGAAAAGGUCACUGAGCAGCCUUCCAUGCUACAAGGAGGAGAAUUGAGGCCCUAUCAAAUAGAAGGACUUCAGUGGAUGCUUUCAUUAUUCAAUAACAAUUUAAAUGGAAUAUUGGCUGAUGAAAUGGGACUGGGAAAAACGAUACAAACAAUCUCCCUGAUUGCUUACCUCAUGGAGUACAAGGAUGUGACUGGACCUCACUUAAUAGUUGCUCCCAAGGCAGUACUGCCGAACUGGAUUCAUGAAUUCACAACAUGGGCCCCAAGUAUUGCUGCAGUUCUUUAUGACGGACGUCAGGAGGAGAGAAAAGCUAUAAAGGAGGAGCUAUUGAGUGAAGGAAAAUUUUGUGUGUUGAUCACACAUUAUGAUCUCAUUAUGAGAGACAAAUCAUUUUUGAAGAAAAUACACUGGUAUUAUAUGAUUGUUGAUGAAGGCCAUCGGUUGAAAAAUCGUGACUGUGCUCUUGCACAGACACUUGCAGGCUACCAGAUCAAACGUAGGCUUCUCUUAACUGGUACACCUAUCCAGAACAGUUUGCAGGAACUAUGGUCCCUGCUUAAUUUUCUCCUGCCGCAUAUAUUUAAUUCUGUCCAGAACUUCCAGGAGUGGUUUAAUGCACCAUUUGCUGAUCGGAGUGAUGUUACUCUGACAGAUGAAGAAGAGCUAUUGAUCAUUCGCCGUCUGCAUCAUGUUAUUAGGCCAUUCAUAUUGAGGAGGAAAAAGGAUGAGGUGGAAAAGUAUCUACCUGAAAAGUCACAAGUCAUACUAAAAUGUGAUAUGUCAGCAUGGCAGAAAGUAUACUAUCAACAAGUCACUUCUGUUGGCAGAGUUGACACUGGCUCUGGCAAAUCCAAGUCCCUACAAAAUUUAACGAUGCAGCUGAGGAAGUGUUGUAAUCAUCCAUAUCUUUUUAUUUUGGGAGAUUAUAAUAUUUGGCGCAAGGAGGAGAUCAUCAGAGCUUCUGGGAAAUUUGAACUACUGGAUCGUUUACUCCCAAAGCUACAUAGAGCUGGGCAUAGAGUCUUGCUUUUCUCACAAAUGACUCGUCUUAUGGACAUCCUUGAAAUUUAUCUUAAGCUACACGAGUUUAGAUACCUGCGACUUGAUGGUUCAACAAAAACCGAAGAAAGAGGGGCUUUAGUGAAGCAAUUUAAUGCUCCAGACUCCCCAUUCUUCAUGUUUCUCUUGAGCACUCGGGCUGGUGGUCUAGGUCUGAACUUACAAACUGCGGACACUGUUAUUAUCUUUGACAGUGAUUGGAAUCCUCAAAUGGACCAGCAGGCAGAGGAUCGAGCACAUCGUAUUGGACAAAAGAAGGAAGUAAGGGUAUUUGUCCUGGUUAGUGUUGGAUCAGUUGAAGAGGUUAUCCUGGAACGUGCAAAACAGAAGAUGGGGAUUGAUGCCAAGGUUAUCCAGGCUGGACUUUUCAACACAACUUCAACAGCUCAAGACCGAAGAGAGAUGUUAGAGGAAAUUAUGCGCAGAGGAACUAGCGCACUUGGCACUGAUGUGCCGAGCGAGAGAGAAAUCAAUCGCCUGGCAGCUCGAUCAGAUGAAGAAUUUUGGCUGUUUGAGAAAAUGGAUGAAGAAAGAAGACAGAAGGAGAAAUAUAGAUCUCGUUUGAUGGAAGAACACGAGGUACCUGAGUGGGUAUACUCAGUACCUGAGGGUAAUGAAGAGAAGAACAAGGCUUCAGAAAAUUUCGGCAUCGCCGGAAAACGAAAAAGAAAGGAGGUGAUUUAUGCUGAUACACUGAGUGAUUUGCAGUGGAUGAAGGCUGUGGAAAAUGGAGAAAUUCCAAGCCUUUCAACGAAAGGAAAUAGAAGAGAGACUCCCUCACGUGAAGGCAGUGCAUCAACCAGCAAUGUUACCAGCACAAGGGCAGAGGAUAAGCUGAUAGAAUUUGACGACAACGUGCCAGUAAUGAGUGAGGGAACGAGUGACGAUAAUUCUGGUUUAGAAGCAACCCCCAAGAGACAAAAGUUUGAAGGAGUAAGCAGUCAAAAACACGAAUUCCUCGCCGAGUCGGGAAGCGAAUGGAGUCGAUGUGUAAUAACAUGGAAAACACAUAAAAAGAAGCGGUCGAGCUAUGUCCAAGGUUCUUCAGAUUCUAGACAUAACUCCAAUGGUAGAGGAAACGGAUGGGCGUGAUUAGAGAUUCAAAAACAUCGAGGGAGAUACGAUAAAUAGUAAAAGAGUGCCACCGUUAACUUCAGCAUCACUACCGAGUUCAGCUCAGCAAUUGAUACUCCAUAGAUGAACUUCAGCUUUACACAUUUUUAUCAGCUGAUUGAAGAACAAGAAAUGAAUGACGUAUUCUCCUUUUAAAGCGACAAUGGCCAAUUCUCAAGAGCUCUUCCUCAUCCAUUCAAUGUUUGUAUAAUUUCUCAUAUUUGCUUCGUAUAGCAAUGUAGGUGUAGACAUAUUUAUAUACAUAUUUCUCCUUGUCCACUGUUCUCUAAUUAAUAUAAAGCCUCCUCAAUUAAAUGUAGGCUUUGACCUGAAAAUGCUUAGAAAAUCUUCCCAUUUUUCACACCAA